AAGGGAAUUGUCUCGUGGAGGACAUUAUGAGUUUGCAGUGUUAAAACGUCUUCAUACGCGUGCAGUUUUUACGUUCUUUAAGGAAAUGUUUGGGGGGUACCAUCGCCUGUGUUAACCAAAGCUCGGAUAAAGACAAGACCACGGAAUUAAAUAAUUAGAAACAACAAAUUACCAGAAAACUGGAGGAAACAAAAAACAAAAUUACUGUGCGACAUACAUAUCAAAAGUGUAUAGCUAUUUUGCACGACACAAUGGAUUGUUGGCCUCGCACGUUCAAAGGGCGAUGACUCCCGAGGGAAAUUUAUUCCGUAAUAAAAAGGUGCGAUGAAAGCGGAUGAGGGUCAUGUAUAUUUGUCAUGUAAAUACCACUGACCCGUAUAUACACAGCUCAGGAUUACACCCGUCCGGUUCAUAGGAAUAGUUUAAAAUGGCGACAGUUGAGGAAAAUCGGCCUUUCAGACAUCGACCUCGAUUAGUUUCCAAAAAUUCUACAUAUAAUAUAAAGACUGUCGGAAUUCGUGGUAAGGGAAAACAUCUCAUGAAUGACUUCUUCACCACAAUGGUGGAUACUAAGUGGAGAUGGAAUAUGUUAAUUUUCGUUAGUGGAUUUGUGAUCACGUGGUUAUUUUUUGCACUGUUUUACUGGCUAGUUUCCAAACUCCAUGGUGAUAUAAGUGACGUGAAAGCAACAGACAAAACGCCUUGUUUUGAGAAUGUUGACUCUUUUACGACAGCUUAUCUCUUUUCUAUUGAAACACAGACAACCAUAGGUUACGGUUUCCGAUAUGUUACAGAGGAAUGCCCCUACGCCGUAAUAGGCGUGUUACUACAGAACAUUAUAGGCGCCGGCUUGCAGGCUGCUCUCGCAGGACUUGUAGUGGCUAAAGUGCGGCGAGGUAAAAAGAGGUCAGGUACCUUGAUGUUUAGUUCUGUUGCCUGCAUCGUAGAAGAGGAUGGGAUAUAUAAACUAGUCAUCCGAAUUGGCGACAUGCGUCGUUCUCACAUCAUAGGUGCGCAUGUGCGUGGGCAUCUCUUCAAGACGAUGCGAUCGACGGACGGAGGUAGUCAUCCUGUUAAGUGUUUUCCGAUGGAAUUCAAUGGAGAAGACGGAAGUCCGCAGCUUUUCAUGGCGUGGCCUACACAACUUGUCCAUACCAUUGACAAUACGUCACCAUUCUGGAAAAUUUCUCGGGAGGAUUUGCAGAGGGAGGACUUUGAGUUAGUUGUGAUACUGGACGGAAUAGUGUCCACUACCAGUAACAAUCUACAAACACAGACCUCAUACAUGGCCUGGGAUAUUUUAUGGGGACAUCGUUUCAAUACUAUGGCAAAAAAAUACAACGAUCGUGAUUCUCUUGUUGUUGACUUCGCGAAUUUCAAUCGAACACAUCCGGUUUCUAUGUCUGACUGCAGUGCUUACCAGGUUGACGCCUUCCGGAAGUUGGGUUACAGUAUUAUCCGUGGAGAUCCGGAAAACAAUAAUCCGUCAUAUUUUGAAAUUAAGAAAAAUGUGCACCAUGUUGAGAAAAUGUCACCGGGGCGCAUACUCCAUUACCGACAUAAUAAGGCUUCUCUUAGCUCUUCGAACGAUAGAGUACACAUCUGAAAUUCUGAAUAGUGAGAGAGUACAUAACUGAAUAGUUUUGAUGCACUCAAAUUGUGAUCUUUUUUACAAUAACAGUUUGAUUUCUUCAUUAUAAUUACGAUACAGUAAAAUCGAAUAUUUUAGUGAAAACUGUUGACUGAAAUUCUUUGCUAAACUAUAUAAAUCUAAUGCAAUGUU